UUGCAGGUGGUGAUGGAUAACGGCCUUCUCCGAGUCACCAUAUCGGUUCCCGGCGGGAUUGUCACUGCAAUACAGUACAGCAGCCUAGAUAAUUUACUUGAAGUUCUUAAUGAGGAAGAAAAUAGAGGGUAUUGGGAUACUGUCUGGAAUGAACCUGGACGCAUAUCCACUAUGGAUAGGAUGGAGGGAACUGCUUUUAAGGUUAUAAUGAAGAAUGAGAAGCAGAUUGAGCUUUCAUUUACAAGAACAUGGAAUUACUCCUUCCAGGGCAAUGCCAUUCCCUUGAAUAUAGAUAAAAGAUUUAUAAUGCUGCAUGGCAUCCACGGCCUCUACUGCUAUGCCAUUUACGAGCAUUUAGAAGGAUGGCCGGAUUUCAACAUCAAUGAAACCAGGAUAGUUUUCAAGCUUCGGAAAGACAAGUUUCAUUACAUGGCCCUAUCAGACACAAGACAAAGGAUGAUGCCCAUGCCAGAAGAUCGAGCAAAGGGUCAACCCCUAGCCUACCCAGAAGCAGUUCUCUUGACAAAUCCAACCAACCCGGACCUCAAGGGAGAGGUGGAUGACAAAUAUCAGUAUUCAUGCAAUGUGGAGGACAACAAAGUUCAUGGUUGGAUAUCUGCCGAUCCUCCAGUCGGGUUCUGGAUGAUUACACCGAGCUAUGAGUUUGUAGCAGGCGGGCCUCUCAAGCAGGAUCUCACCUCUCAUGUGGGCCCAAUCACUCUUGCUAUGUUCAUCAGCGCUCACUACUCUGGGGAGGAUACAGGCCCGAUGUUCAGAAACGGAGAGCCAUGGAAGAAAGUUUUCGGCCCAGUUUUUAUCUAUCUUAACUCUCUUUCACCUGGGAAGGAUCUACAGUCACUAUGGGAAGAUGCAAAAUAUCAGGCGUCAAUCCAAAUUGCAAGCUGGCCAUAUACUUUUCCAGCAUCAGAGGAUUUUCCUUCUUCCUAUCAAAGGGGAAUUGUUACUGGUCGAUUACUGGUCCAAGAUAGGUACAUCAGUGAAGAAAAUUCAUCAGCUGCAUUUGCUUAUGUUGGGGUGGCUCCACCUGGAGAGCUGGGUUCAUGGCAAAGGGAAUGCAAGGGUUACCAGUUCUGGACUAGAGCCAGCGCUGAUGGGUCCUUCUCCAUUCGUGAUAUUCGGGUUGGAGACUAUAAUCUCUAUGCAUGGGUUCCUGGAUUUAUCGGGGAUUACAAGUAUGAUUUCAGUAUUACCAUAACUCCAGGAAACAAUGUUAGUCUCGGUGAUCUUGUAUAUAAACCACCAAGAGAUGGCCCUACCUUGUGGGAGAUAGGUAUCCCAGACCGUUCAGCAUCUGAGUUCUAUGUACCUGAUCCUAAUCCAAAGUACGUCAACAAACUGUAUGUGGAUAUUCCGAUGAGGUUAUUCAGGCAGUAUGGACUGUGGGAGAGAUAUGCUGAUUUCUAUCCCCAUGAAGAUUUAAUCUAUACGGUCAAUAGCAGCGACUACCGGAACGAUUGGUUCUUCGCCCAUGUCACCAGAAAGACAGAGAAAAACACAUACCAAGCAACGACAUGGCAGAUUUUAUUUACACUAGAAAAGAUGAACCAAACGCAGAAUGGAACGUAUACAUUAAGGCUAGCAAUUGCAUCAGCAACCGAAUCGGAACUGCAAGUUCGAUUCAACAACCCAAACGUGAAUCCUCCGCAUUUUAGUACUGGGCUAAUUGGCAAAGACAACGCCAUUGCUAGACAUGGGAUCCAUGGAUUGUACAGAUUAUUCAGCGUUGCAGUGGAGAGCGAAUGGCUGGUCGCAGGAGGAAACAAUACCAUCAUUUUAACUCAAUCAAGACAUUCAACCCCUUUCAAUGGGAUCAUGUAUGACUACAUUCGUUUAGAAGGAGCCUCUCAGGGAUCCUGAUCUUUUUAGCCCCUAUUCUGGACUGUAGAAAAAUGUUCAUCUCGGUAUAUUUAGAUGUUUGA